AUGGUGGGAGACAAGGCGAGAGGGGAGAUGAACACUUUUCAGAGAAACGAAUCCAAGGAAACUUUGUUUGCUUUCAUUUCUGCAGGAGAUGGUCCCCCCAGAGGAGAUUUCCCUGUUCAGAAAAAAUCCCCGAAACUCUGUGGCUCCAACUACCCUCUAAGUAUUGCCUUCAUCGUGGUGAACGAGUUCUGCGAGCGCUUCUCCUACUAUGGCAUGAGAGCUGUCCUGACGCUAUAUUUCUUAAGCUUCUUCCACUGGGAUGAGAAUCUCUCCACUGCUGUGUACCAUGCCUUUUCCGCACUAUGUUAUUUCACACCUGUUAUUGGAGCCAUCGUGGCAGACUCAUGGCUGGGGAAAUACAAGACGAUCAUCUACCUCUCCAUUGUGUAUGUGGUUGGCCAUCUGAUAAAGUCUGUUGGUGCAAUUCCAUCCAUAGGCAACCAGGCGGUUCACGUGAUCCUGUCUAUGGUUGGUCUGUUUUUGAUCGCCCUUGGAACGGGAGGUAUCAAGCCCUGUGUCUCUGCAUUUGGUGGGGACCAGUUUGAAGAGGAACAUACCUCGGAGAGAAGCAAGUUUUUUUCCAUCUUCUAUUUAUCCAUUAAUGCUGGAAGUUUGAUCUCCACGUUUGUAACUCCUGUAUUAAGAGGGGAUGUGAAAUGUUUUGGAGAGGAUUGUUAUGCACUGGCUUUUGGUGUCCCAGCAGCACUGAUGGUGUUGGCGCUUGUUGUAUUCAUUGCUGGAAGUGGACUGUACAGAAAAACACCACCACAAGGGAACAUCUUACUGGAAGUGUGCAAAUGCAUCAGCUUUGCUAUUAAAAACCGGCUGAAAAACCGCUCCCGUCAGAUUCCAAAGAGAGAUCACUGGCUGGACUGGGCAUCAGAAAAAUACUCGAAACAGCUGAUUGGGGAGGUUAAAAUGGUGACACGUGUUCUCUUCCUCUUCGUACCGCUGCCGAUGUUCUGGGCCCUGUUUGAUCAGCAGGGAUCCAGGUGGACUUUGCAAGCCACAAAAAUGAAUGCUGAUUUUGGAAUAUAUGUCCUUCAACCUGACCAAAUGCAGUUCUUAAAUCCACUUCUUAUUCUUGUCUUCAUCCCGAUUUUUGACCUUGGGCUCUACCCCCUGAUAAACAUGUGCAAAUUUAAUUUCACACCUAUUAGGAAAAUGGCAACAGGUAUGAUCCUUGCAGCGAUGGCAUUUGGACUUGCAGCUGUUGUAGAAAUCAAAAUAAGUGAAACCGAUAUGCCUCGACUUGUCCCAGAAGAAAGUUUAAUUCGGGUCCUGAAUUUGGCAAAGAACCCUCUUCGAGUGACAGUCCAAGACCGGGACCUCUUUCAGCAGCCCGUGGAGGCUUUUCAGAACCCAGCUGAGUACUCAAAGUUAAUAUUGAACGGAGAGCAACAGAGCCUUCUCUUCACCCUGCAACAUCAAGGAUUGUCUCUUGGUUUUAACUACACUGUGAAGGAAAAAUCAGUAUACAGCUUAAUUGUUUUUGAGGCAGAAGGAAGCCUAUCAAGCCGCUUAAUUACAGACUUGGAAGCAAAGCCAGAAAAUGGUUUGGCAGCUGUUAGAUUCAUUAAUGGUUUGAGCCAAGAUGUCAACCUCACCAUUGACAGCAAACGGUUCAUUGCAGUUCAGAAAAACUACAGCGCUUCUGAGUACUUGCUGCUAGAGAGGGACAAAUAUAAUAAUGGAAAAUGCAUAACUGAAACAGGAGAAUUCACCCUGGAGCUAGGGCUGCUCGAUUUCGGCGCGUCAUACACCAUUGUGAUAACUAAUGUUUCUGGAGGUGCUGUUAAGACAUGGAAGUCAGAAGAUAUCAAAGCCAACAAUGUCCAUAUGGCUUGGCAGUUACCACAAUACUUAUUAAUAUCUGCUGGGGAGGUGAUGUUCUCCAUCACAGGUCUGGCCUUCUCCUAUUCUCAGUCUCCGGCCAGCAUGAAGUCGGUGCUGCAGGCAGGCUGGCUGCUCACAGUGGCUGUUGGGAAUACCCUUGUGCUCGUUGUUGCACAGGCUGCACCAAUGGCACAGUGGGCUGAAUUUGUCUUGUUCACUGUUCUCCUCUUUGCUGUGAGCAUUAUUUUCUCCAUCAUGGGAUAUUUCUAUGUCAAUGUGGAUCCAGAGGACCUAGAAGAAAAGGAAGAGAAGAGAGAGACUUCAAGCAGAGGAAACAUGAUUAGUCUUGUCACUCAGAAAACAAAGCUCUAA